AUGAUUUUGCCGUUGCGCGGUGCUGUUGGCGCAAUGUGUCGCGCUGGUACAACCAGUUUUGCGCUGGUGUGCGCUCUUUUUGGCAUCUUUUUUCCGCACGUGGUGCGUGGCGGUGAUCCUUUAAUGAACGACGAUAAACUUACCGUCUCAAACGCCACAUGGCAUCGCGCACAACUCGGCAAUAUCGACUUCGAAGCGGCUUGUACUUUCAAUGUGAACCUAAAAAACGGCUGCAUCCGAGAAAAUCGAGGUGAUGUCGAGAAGGAAGCAUUGAUCCGGUUUUUAACCUACUAUAGAUGACGAGUGAAUUUACUUACUUUGGCUUCAAAUUGUAAGACUCUUUGAUGUUAUAAUAUAUACUUCCGGUUUUUUCUUUGUCAUUGUUUGUGAGCAUCAUUCAAGAAGGCUUAAUCAUAAAUUCCCGAAAUUGUAGGUUUUACGUGGUGAUGCAUGGAGACAACUGGCGGGAGAACACGAAUUGGAAUAUCUCGCACCGGAAGGAGUGUGAUUUCACUAAUACAUGCGUGGACAUUUACGAGACGCCGGCACACAAUAGUCCCUGUUGGGACCAUUGGUACGGAAUCACAUGCAACGAGGAAGGGAAGGUGAUUGAAAUCAAUCUCGUCGACAACCGCAUCAACGGAACUUUUGGCGAUCCCGACUUUCCUGACGACGCGCAGCUUUUGAGUACUUUCGCGAUAUAGCCUCUGUAUGUUUUAUACUUCCCAUCUCCUACGUAGUUGUAUUAAAAAUGAAUAGUGUCUUACCGUUGAAAAAUCAUGACGCAGACUCGUGCAUGACCUACUUUUCGUCUUUCCAAGGAGGGACUAUUCGCAUUCUUCCUCAUCAGAACAAUCCUCUUCAUUUAUGCCUUGUUUUGUACAUCCUACAGAUCAAUUCACUGGUCUGCGAAGACUCAACCUCGCAACAACGCGGGCUCGGUACCACAAUCUACCGAAUCCGAAUGCGAACAACGUUACUGGAGAGUGGCCUUCCAUGGAAAUGUGCAAGAAUCUCACGACAGUUGAACUGAGCGGAAAUAAGGUCACCGGGAUGCCAUUUAUCUACAAGAAUGGUGAUACGCUGAGGACUCUAGCUGCAGCGCAGAAUCGAAUCAAGUAUCUAGAGACUUGCUUAGAAGUUAAUUGUUGCGAAUACACUGAGUUCGCAUAAUGAACCACCUCCACCUGUCGAGAAAGUGACGCAGUUUGGAAAAUUUAUCCGGUUGUUGCGGUUUACAACUAUUGAUUUUACUAUUGAUACAUAGCGUUUCCGCGCAGUAGCCUUGAAUAACAUGAUCAUUAUCUAGUACUAUCUAGAACUUAGUUCUUUAUUAUCUCAUUUCAGUCUCUUUCCGCCGUUCUUGUGGGCUUUUUCGGAGUUGGAGACGUUGGAUUUGAGCAAAAAUCUGAUCUCGGAGAGCUUACCGACAGACUUUGGUAGGAACAUGCGACGAGCGCGUUUCGUGGACAUUUCCUACAAUGCAAUUCAAGGCGAGAUAUCCGGAACAGACAUGUCGGACAUGAGCAAGAUCAUCGUUUUCUCUGUCGCGCACAAUCCGGACUUUACCGGAGUCUUUCCGACAUCUAUUGUGGUACAACAAACAUAUGCAUCAGCUUGUGUUUGCAUUUGCUAGUUUUGAACUUCCCAGAAUGCACCAUGUAACUUUACUGCCGCUUUAGUAGAUGGAGUUUUUAUAAUCAUCGGGUCCUACAGGUACAGCAAGUCGAAAAUUUAUCCUACCUCUAUGUCUAUUCACUGCCUUUGCGUCUGUUACUCAUGAUUACAGAAAGACACGUGGGUGGAAGCCGAUUACGUGUCGAUCCUGAAUACCACGAUGUACGGGGAGUUUGCAGGACUUUGCCUCGACGUCCCUUUUUGCUGGCGCUAUAUGUACACAGUCCAUGCCGAUCAAACCUGGGUUGAUGGCGUUGACCCGCUCAUCCAGGAGACCAUCGAGAAGGCAAUCAGCCGUGGAACCACGUCCACAACAACAACCACAUUCGAUAUGUUCGCAGCUUUCCCGCGAUAA